AGCACUCCCAUCGGCACCCCGCCCUCCGCCGCCUCCACUCACUUCCCGCCGCACCGCUCGCGAGACGAGACGCUAUUCUUCGAUUGGCAUAAAAAAGCCGCAGGCCAGUGCAACGCGAUCCCGGACAAUUUCUGUAGCGACGACCUGCUUUUCCCGCACGACGACGACGAAGCCGCCGGUCUGUCGCUUUUUCCCGCCGCCUCGCCACUUUUGUCUCCUCCUCGAGUCGCCGCAAUGCCGGGCGCGGCGUCUCCCAUCGAUAUUGCCACCAGCAGGCAGGACUCUUCUUCGCCGCGCAACCAGCAGUCCAACCUCACCUCUCAAUUGCUCCAACCGAACAACGACCACCGCAUGAUGGCUGCGCCUGAAGAAAUUCCUCCCCGCAAUCGCCCCGAACAAUCCUCCAUGCUCAGCACAACGCCUUACGGCGCCCGACAGAUCCCGUCCGGCACUGGACGGCGGGAGAGCUAUCAAAUGUCAGGCAGCUUGGCUAACGGCAUGAGCUGGGGUGGCAUUUCUAUGGGCAGCUUUAUCCGCGACGAUAUCAUGACCGGCACGUCACCCUACAACUUCCAAUCUCCCUCGUUCCAUUCUUCCUCGUAUCUCCCAAAGAUGGAGGCAAAUUACAUGAAGGACUAUGUGUGCUGCGACAUCCACCUCGACUCCAUGCACGAGUUGCUCCAGCACUAUGAAGAGGCGCAUGCGGCACAACCCACACAGACCAUGGGACGGACACCGAAAGAUCAGCAAUUUCCGAGCAGUCGGGCUGCAAACGCCAGCAGUACAGCACAGUCGGUACAACAACAGGCUCAGGCGCAUCAGGGCGUCAUGCCGCAACAACAGCAAAUGCAACACAACCAGCCCGCUCCCAUCAACGCACAAUCACCACUUUUCAGCGGCCAAAGCAACGAUCAGAUUGGUACAUUCGAUAAUCUCGAUGACAUGGACAUGGACGAUGGCAUCUCAACACCGCAAAUGCUUGGCUCUCAGUUCCAGCCUCAGCCUCAAUUCGGUCGCCAACAGCCUCGAGGCCCGUCGGUCAACGUGAACCUCGCAAAUGCGUUUCAAGGUCAAGGACUCAACUCUGCCGAUCCAACGACACCGCACGUCAGCCAACAAGGCAUGGGCUUCCCGCACAACCCAACCGUAUCCUCCGUCAACACACCAUCAUUAACCACACAAUCGCCCUCACUUCAGACUGCCACUCCGGAUCCUUCCCAGCCCAGUACACCUGCCGAACUUGAUCCCGACUUCCUUGCGUCAAUGAACGGCCUCAGUAACUUGGAGUACAAUCAACUACUUUCUCAAGGAGGAGCGAUGGACUUUUCAAACCUGAACGGCAUGGGCGGCAUGCAGAAUGGUGGGUCCGCCACCAUCGACAAUCCUGAGAAGCGGCUGCUGAGCAAACAAGGCUACGGCAACAAGGGCUUCCCCAGCAGUAAUCCCGCUUUUGUUAACAGUAACAGCGAGCUUGCCAAACGAGUCCGUGAGAAUCAGCUGCUCAAUGGUCUAGCCGGCGUCGGUGGAUUCGUGGGCGAGGAGAUCAAGCCUUUCAAGUGCCCAGUGAUCGGAUGCGAGAAGGCCUACAAGAACCAGAACGGACUCAAGUAUCACAAACAGCACGGCCACCAAAACCAACAGCUCAAGGAGAACCCAGACGGCACAUUUUCAAUCGUCGACCCAACAACCUCAAUACCCUAUCCCGGCACCGUUGGAAUGGAGAAAGAAAAGCCAUACCGUUGUGAAGUGUGCGGCAAGCGCUACAAAAACCUGAACGGGCUGAAAUACCAUCGACAACACAGCCCACCUUGCAAUCCCGACCUGAAGAUGAACGGCGGCGGCAUGCCCGGCAACCUGAACAACAACGCCAACGUUGCCGGCGCCGGUCUCGUUGGUAUGAAUGAUGGCAUGGGAUAUUGAGAUCCUCAGCGUUAUGCAUCACAUCUCGGCUUCCACCUCCCGGUAGCGUCCACCUCGCGAGGCACGCGUGGGGUCAGCGAGAAAAGUUUUCCUUGUUGUCAUUGUUACUUGCAUUUUGGUGUCGAUUGAGCGAGGCGUUUAUGGCGCCAUUUGGGAUGAUUUUUCUCCUUGCGAACUUGGGAGAGGAUACCUCGCUCAUAUGCACGAUACCCCUUUUAGAACGACCGCGAUUAUGCGCGCGCUUGGAUGUUUUUGAACACGACUUUGUUCGCUGUUGGCGUUAUGAAUGGGAAGAGGAUACGUGAGAAAGGCCGAUCCACGGACGGCAUGAGAAGAGGACGGUCUUGGUGUUCAUGCAAAAAGC